AUGGAUCAAGCUGACUCCACCUUGCCUUUGGAGGGGCUGGUGCCAGGUGAAUACCCAGAGGAGCUGCGGGCUGCUGAGUACCCCGAGGGAGCGCUGCGGAGUAAAGUUGGCAGUAGUCCAGAGAAACCAGACACCAGUCUGGCUGUAUUGCUGAAACAAUGGGAACUUGGGGAAAGCACACACUUCGCUGCAUUCCUCAGUCUGGCUGCGGAGUGCCUUUGGCAGACAUACCUGGAUCUGGUCCAGCUAGAGGUCAUGCACCCCUCCUCUGACUGUGCCCGCUGUAGCUGCAGUGAUCAUGAAGAGUUAAACAACCAGGUUCCUUUGGGGGAGGAGGGGGAUCAGGGGAACCUUGAAGUGAGAAAAGCUUGCAUUGUGUGGAACCUGAAGCUGUCUGUGAACUUAGUGGUGAUAAUUUUACUGUUCUUGUCUGUGCCUCCUUUUGUUUGUUUUUUUCAUUUCGCCCCAGCUGUUGACAGUCUGUCCAGAGAAGACCUGAUUUCUCCAGUCCUUCCCCAAAAAUCUCUUUACAAGGAGGGCCUAGCUCUUUUCAAUAAAACGGAUAAAAUCCCUGUAAUGCGUGGGCAGUGGUUUAUUGAUGGUACAUGGCAACCAUUAGAAGAAGAAGAAAGUAAUCUAAUAGAACAAGAACACCUCAAUUGUUUCAGAGGCCAACAAAUGCAAGAGAACUUUGAUAUGGAAGUAUCAAAACCUGUAGAUGGGAAAGAGGUUGCCUACCACCUCCCUCCCUUCUCCCUCCCUUCUCUGUUCAAAUGGAGAGGAUAUAAGGAGAGUACAGAUGCUACAUGUCUUAAACGAAAGCGUUCCCAAGCUGUUCACAGUUUAAAGUUGAGUCGCAACCACGUGGACUGGCACAACGUAGAUGAAGUAUAUCUUUACAGCGAUGCAACAACAUCUAAAAUUGCAAGAACUGUUACGCAGAAAUUGGGAUUUUCCAAAGCUUCAAGUAGUGGGACCAGGCUUCAUAGAGGCUAUGUAGAAGAAGCUACAUUAGAAGACAAGCCAUCGCAAACUACUCACAUUGUGUUUGUUGUGCAUGGUAUUGGGCAGAAAAUGGACCAAGGAAGGAUAAUCAAAAACACAGCUAUGAUGCGAGAUACUGCAAGAAAAAUAGAAGAGAAGUACUUUUGCAAUCUUGCCACACAUGUUGAGUUUCUGCCUGUUGAAUGGAGAUCAAAACUUACUCUUGAUGGAGACACUGUUGAUUCCAUAACUCCUGAUAAAGUACGUGGGUUAAGGGACAUGUUGAACAGCAGUGCAAUGGAUAUAAUGUAUUACACAAGUCCUCUUUAUAGAGAUGAACUAGUAAAAGGCCUUCAACAGGAGCUGAACCGGUUAUAUAUGCUGUUCUGUUCUCGAAAUCCAGAGUUUGAAGAGAAAGGAGGGAAAGUCUCAAUUGUGUCACAUUCCCUUGGAUGUGUAAUCACUUACGACAUAAUGACUGGCUGGAAUCCAGUUAGACUCUAUGAACAAUUGCUGCAGAAGGAAGAGGAGGAUCUUGAAGACCGUUGGAUGAGCUAUGAGGAGCAACAUUUGAUUGAAGAACUUUACAUAACUAAGCAACGAUUGAGAGAGAUAGAAGAAAGGUUAAAUGAAUUAAAGGCAUCAACCAUAUCCAAAACACCUGCCUUAAAAUUUAAGGUUGAGAAUUUCUUCUGUAUGGGAUCUCCAUUAGCAGUGUUUUUGGCAUUGCGUGGCAUCCGUCCAGGAAACAGUGGAAGUCAGGAUCACAUUCUGCCCAGAACUAUUUGUAACCGGUUGCUAAACAUUUUUCAUCCAACAGAUCCAGUGGCCUACAGACUAGAACCUUUAAUUUUGAAGCACUACAGCAACAUUUCCCCUGUCCAGAUCCACUGGUACAACACUGCAAACCCUCUACCUUAUGAGCACAUGAAGCCAAGCUUUCUCAACCCUACAAAAGAACCUACCUCAGUCACCGAGAAUGAAACCAUCCCAACCAUACCAAGCCCAGCUACUUCUCCGGUCAUGGUUCGACGCCAUUAUGGGGAGUCGAUAACAAAUAUAGGCAAAGCCAGUAUAUUAGGAGCUGCUAGUAUUGGGAAGGGCCUUGGAGGGAUGUUGUUCUCAAGAUUUGGACGAUCUAGUGCACCCACAUCACAAACAUCUGAGUCUGGAAAAGAGGGAUCAGAAGGCGAAGAAAAGAAGCCAGUUGUCUGCCAGUCAGCUGUUGGAACUCCGACCUUCCCACAUAGCAGCUCUGGCUUCCUUGACCCUACACAUGGAGAAUCCCACAGCAUAUCCCAGCAGAGCUGCAAAAAGGUGGAACUGGAGCACAGGAUUGAUUUUGAGCUCAGGGAAGGUCUUGUGGAGAGCCGAUACUGGUCUGCGGUAACAUCGCACACUGCAUAUUGGUCAUCCAUGGAUGUCGCUCUCUUUCUUCUAACCUUCAUGUAUAAACAGGACCAAGAAGAUGCUGACAAAUCAAAUUUAGACCCUGUUUGAAUGUUGGGGUGGUUUUUUUUAUUAUUUUGAGGGGGGUGGGAAUUUUACAACAAAUGGCACAAAACUGCUAUUUUACUGUUAAAACGUAGUCUCUAAGGCAUGGAAGCUUCAGGUUUAAGAGCAUGUUUGGAUUUUUCCCUGCUUCUAAACAACAAAAAUUGAUUUGUAAUUAAAAGCACUUUAGUUUUAAACAUUUGCCGUGCUAAUUAGACCUUAAAAUAAAUUUUAAGUCUCAUGAUUUUGAUUUAAUAAACAACCGAAACAAUGUGUAGCAUCAUAUAAGCACUGUUGGCAUAAUGUGCUUUGGUGAUAUAUGUGCUAAUGACCAUAAUUGCUGUUUAGUUCAUUAAAAUAUAAACAUUAGUCAACUAAGACUAAACUAACUUUCAUUAACAAAACACAUGCCAGAUGCAAACCUAAAACUGCCAUGUUCCUAUGUUUUAUGUACCAGUAAAUAAUAAAUGUUGGUGUCAUUUUUCUAGGACUUUAUUCAAAUCUACAGUAUUACCCACAGUUCCAUUGAAAGACCAUUCUUACUACUGACUUCAAGGGUGUACUACACAUAACUUGUUUAGCAACUGCUGAAAAAGCAUGAAACAAAUAUUUGAAAUACUGUAAUUAUAAUUUAUUAUUACCUCUAACUAAUUGUUUCAUUUAUUCCAGUGUACAAAACAUUACUUUUUUACUGGUUUCUUUUAAUUUAAGAACCACAUUUAUUUUCUACAGUGUUAAGACUUUUUCUCAGAUAUGCAUAUCUUUGUACUAUUCAAAUGAAUAUAUGGAUACUGUGGCACACUUUAGGUAUUUUUUUCAUGAAAAAUAAAUUUGUGGUUUCACACAAAUGACACUAGUUACAUUCUUCUCCAAAGGUAAGUAAUCUCUUUCAUAAGUCCCUGCGUAUAGACUUAAUUUGCAGUAGCCCAUUGUAUUACAUUUACUGCUACUGAAACCGUGCUCUAAUGUAUUAAGAAAAAAGAAUGCAACUUAAGACAAAUUUGGUGAGCUCAAAAGCUUUGCCUAAUUGAUAUCAGAAGCAGACCGAGUGAUACCUUUUAUUAAAAGCCAAACGAAAGAGUUCUGCAAGUGUUUCAUUUUAUGAAACUCAGACCCCCAACAUGUGAUUUCAGUAAAGAUUGCAAUUGUAGUUGGAUCCAAUUUCCAAGGAGCUAGGAGAAGACUUUCAUGAUGAAAGAAAAUUUUCAAAUGAAUCACUCAGUCAAUUCUGGGACCAUAAACUAGCAUUUUAAGGCUUUGGGGCAGUAGUAUUAAAUAUAUAGCAUGUGUACGGAUUAUGUGUUUCUGACCUGCAUAACGUAUUUAGAAAAUGCAAGUUAUAAGCUUUCAUUUUUUAUUUAAAAAAAAAGUUUGUGGUGGUUGUGAACAGACACAAAACCCAGUGUAAAAAGAUGCAGUUAAUGUUGUCUUGAACCUGGAGACAGCCUGAAGUACUAGGUAUGUAUAUCUUGACCUUUGUAAGGCUUUUGAUACUGUCUUACAUGACCUCCUCAUAAACAAACUAGGGAAAUGCAAGCUAGAAGGAUCCUACUAUAAGAUGGGUGCUUGACUGCUUGGCAAACCAUGCUCAGAGAGUAGUAACCAUUGAUUCACAAUCAAGCUGCAAGGACAUACCAACUGGGGUCCUGCAGGGAUCAGCUCUGGGUCCAGUUCUGUUCAAUGUCGUCUUCAGUGAUUUAGGUAAUGGCAUAGAGAGUGCGCUGAUAAAAGCUGGGAGCAUUUGCAAGUGCUUUGGAAGAUAGGAUUAAAAUUCAAAAUGAUCUGGA